UGUUGAUGGGGGGGGCGUGACGUCAUCUCGGUAGAGAGAGGAGGGGGUUCGCAUGACGUCACCGUGUGCGUCGCGAGGUAGGGCCGACGCUGAAAAUCAACACCCGGACGAGGAGACGAGGAGAAGCAGCGCGAAAGAGAGGCAGGCAGGCAGGAGAGAGAGAGGCAGAGAGAAGCGGGCGGGAGAGAGUACAAGGUGGGGGAGAGAAGCAGCGGCAGCUGAAGCGGGAAGCGCAGGGGCCAGCAGCAGCAGCAGCGGCGGCGGCGGCCCACGACUAUGGCCUCCCCUAGGCCUUACAAGCUGAGCGACAGGGGCAUUCGCCCCUCUGAGGUGAAUCGCAAAUACCUCCACACCAACUCGACCAGUCAUACCUGGCCUUUCAGUGCAUUUGCCGAGCUUAUCGACAACGCGUACGACCCUGAUGUCGGCGCCAAGCAAAUCUGGAUCGACAAGACGGUCAUUAACGGAGAGCAGUGCCUCAUGUUUCGCGACAACGGCAAGGGCAUGUGCCCCGACAAGCUGCACAAGAUGCUGAGCUUUGGAUUCUGCGAGAAGCAGAAGGUGGACAACCACGUGCCCAUCGGCAUGUACGGCAACGGCUUCAAGUCGGGCUCGAUGCGCCUGGGCCGCGACGCCUUCGUCUUCACGAAGAACGGCACGCAGAUGAGCGUGGGGAUGCUGUCGCAGAGCUACCUGGAGGCCAUCAACCAGGAGACCAUCAUCGUGCCCAUCGCCGUGUGGGGCCAGAAGGAUCAUAAGCUGGAGCGUGUGGAGGACCGGGAGGUGAGCCUGCGCGACAUCCUCCACUACUCGCUGUUCAGGACCGAGCAGCAGCUCCUCACCGAGCUGUCCGCCAUCCAGACGCGCACCGGAACCAAGAUCAUCAUUUGGAACUUGCGCCAGAACCGGGCAAAAUCGCUGGAGCUCGAUUUUGAGACCGACAAAUACGACAUCCUCAUCCCCCACGACUUGGUGGAGGAGCAGUUGGGGUUGAACACCAGGCAGAGCUACGGGGAGAGGCAGCGACAGAUGGCGGACAGCGAGUACUCAUUGCGGGCAUACUGCAGCAUCCUGUACCUGAAGCCGCGUACCCAGGUGAUCCUGCGUGGAGCCAAGGUGAAGACUCAGCUGAUCGCCAAGAGCCUGGCUCACAUCGACCACGACAUCUACCAGCCCAUGUUCCUCACCUCCAUGAAACGUAAAGUGAAGGUCACGUUUGGGUUCAACUGCAAGAGCAAGGUGCACUACGGCAUCAUGAUGUACCACCACAACCGCCUCAUCAAGGCCUACGAGCGCAUGAAGUGUCAGCUGCAGGUGAGCGGGGUGGGUGAGGGCGUGAUCGGCAUCAUCGAGUGCGACUUUCUGAAACCCACCCACAACAAGCAGGACUUUGACCAAACCAACGAGUACAGGCUCACGCUGUCUGCCGUGGAUCGCAAGCUGCAGGAAUACUGGAAAGACCGCAGCAAUCUGAGUUCGUUUCUCGUGGAUUCCACCUUCAACAGCAAAGACCUGAUAGAGAAACCCGACCAGAUUUGGGCUCAGUGCGACGGCUGUCUCAAGUGGCGCAAAUUGCCGGAUGACAUCGGCAAACUUCCCGACAAGUGGUACUGCCAGCUGAACCCUGACCCACAAUUCAGGACCUGCGAUGUCUCCGAAGAGGCAGAGGACACCGAUGAGAUGGACGUCUACAAGAAAUCCAUCCGCCGGCGAGAGCUGAGAGAGAAGGCUGAGCAACAGCAGAAUGCAAGGCUGCACAAAGAGGCAAUGCAGCGUAAAGUGCAGCUGGAUGCCCAAGCUAAGCAGUCGAACCAGGUGGUUCCCCCGCUGGUUAUCCACACGGUCACCGACGGCAACGGCAUAACCAGCGCAGCGGUGCUGCGCACGGGGAAGCCGCCAAUCCUCGUCAGCGCCACCGCGCCCACCGCCGGCGCUACCGCGCCAUCCGCGCCGACGGCUAGGCGGCCCCUGGGCGGUGCGGAGGCCGCUGGUCCGGAGAUGGUGCAGAACCUGAUGAACAGGGUGAUCCAGGAGGCGGCUUUCCUCAAGCGCGAGAAAGAGAAUCUCAAACAGCUGUCCCGCCAGACCGUACAGGCAGACACCACGGCAGUCGCAGAGAUAUCGCGGAUAACCGCGCAGCACAAAAUGGCGUCUUGCUCCUCCACGGCGUCCCCCUCCACCUCCUCGUCCUCCGCUGCGUGCGAAGGCCUUCGCAUCAGUGACGUGAAGAGCCUGAGCGCGGACGCCUCGUGGCAGCAGCCGUCCCCGUGCGCCAACGGCACCGGCUCCGGCCCCGGCGGCGUCGCCAACCGAGCGAAGCGGAAGGUGGAGGCGUGCGGGAUGGACCAAGCGAAGCGGCCGAGGACGGAGCCCGCGGAGAGCUCCCCGGCCGCGAACGGCGUCGUCUCUUCCUGUGCGGGCGCCGCCUCGGCGUCCUCCAUCACCGUCGAUGACGACGACGACGACGACGACGACGUGAUUUGUCUCGACGUGAAGAGCUCGCGGGUGCCGCGGAUCGACGCUGAUCUGAGAAAGGUGAAGCAGGAGGCGGACGCGUCGACCGGGCCGGACAACGAGGCCGCCCAGGCCCGCGACGCUGCGGCCAUGUCUUCCCACGGCGUGCAGACCGUGACGCUGCCCUUCAAGUGCAAGGCUGAGGAGGAGGACAGCGGCGUGGGCGACGCGGGCGACUCCGCCGUGGGCGCAGCGGGCGCCGUCCCUCGUGCCUCCAGCGCCGUGGACACCCUGCGCCGGGAGAACGAGCGCCUGCAGGAGGUGGUGCAGCGGCUACAGCAGGAGCUCGUGACCCGCACGGUGGUGAAGGAGGAGGACAAGAAGCAGACGGAGGAGAAGGCGGAACGUCUGGCGAUCGUUCAAGCUGGCUCGGCGAAGGUGGACAAGGAAGUGGGCGACAGUGAGGCGGCGCCGGACGAGGUGGACGCGCUGCGCCAGGAACUGCAGAAGCUCAGGAAAGAUGAGGAGGAGUGGGCGUCCGUGGUCAGCCACCUGAUGAAGGAGAUCGAGGAUAGCAUGACGGCGCACAAACAGGCGACCGCCGAGAACGAGCGGCUGAGCGAGGAGUGCGCCCGGCUGCGCGCGGCCGCCCCCGGCCAGUCUCCGGCCACAACAGAGGCCGGCACCAACACGGACGCCGCCACGGACGGCGCCACCGACGUCGCCGCGGGCGUCGCCGGAGCUGCCACGGACGCCGGCGUGGACGCCUGCGUUGGCCCCGACGCCGACACGGCGAGAGAGACGAUGGAGGACGGGAGGAAGCUCCAGGCGGAGCUGGAGCAGCUGCAGAGCGAGAAGGCGGAGCUGGAGCAGCUGCAGAUGGAGAAGGUGGAGCUGGAGGCCCGGGAAGCAGAGACAGCCAUUUACCUGUCCCAGGGAAUGUCCGACAGAGACAGCCUCGUGAGGCUGCGGCAGAACGUGGCGCGGCUCCUGCAGAACCUCAUCCCGGAAUUCCAGAUGCCGGACGACCCGACGCUCGUCGACGACAUCGUACCACAGCUGCUCCAGUCCACGUCGUCUUGAAACGCGGGAGGCGGCUCCUCACACGGCCGUGGUGGACUUCGGCAACCCUAUUUUUAAACUAUAUAUAUAAAUAGCGAUGUUUUUCCCCCCCCACCCCACCCAAAGGUUCUUGUGCUGUGCUAAGCCUGACGCGGCAAAACAUUGACACACGCUGGCCUCGCAGGAAAUCUCUUAUCUGGCUCGUGGGAGCGGGGAGGGGCCAAGCGGGGCCAGGGGGCACUAACGCCGCGCGUGGCGUCGGUAACGUCUCGACUCGUCCCGUUGAGGGCGACGGCAGCGGCAACGGAUCUGCUGCCUCUGCAAUGGAAAACAGCCCUCGGCGUGGCCGCUGCUGUUACAGCGGGCGUCGUGCAAACCGUGGGGCGGGGCCUGACCUGUGGGUCUCGUUGCCCAGGGACAAAAGAUCUUGUGGCAGAUGGAAGCGUCCGGACAAUAUGUGGUGGGGGACGUACGGGACGUGGACGACGGGAUUGACUCGAGCGGAACCUGUUUGUUAACACGUCGCCGCCGCCGCCGUCGUCGCCGUCAUCGCCAUCGUAGCCAUCGCCCGCACAGCAGAGAAGGGUGGACGGACGCGCCUUCUCUUGCCACCCUCUCCGCUGACUAAUUGCCCCCCCCCACCCCCCCAACUUUUCCACCAAAUGGCAGCCUGUGUACGUGCACACAACAUUGUGCCCAAAUUGAUUUACCUAACGCCGCUGCCCCCACUCCCCCAUCCUGGCUUCGGGUUGCGUUGUCCCCAGGGAUUAAUGUUGGCUGUAUCCUCCGCACCGCAUCCAGUGUACCUCUCCUCUAUCAACUGUGUGACGACUAUUUUCUACUCGUGUGUCACCUGCUCCAGUCUACACCAGCAGCUUAGGUCAGCCCACCCCCAACACCAAACAUUUGGUCAUCCGAAAUGUCCUGGGGUACAGAGGUGCACGUGUCAUGGCAUUCCUUUUGAGUCGGCGAGUGCAAUGCCCGGUGUGUGUGUGUGUCGUACGCCCUCCGCCACCUGACACGGCCAAAUGAAGUGAAGUUAUCGUGGCCACGCAUUGUUACCGCAUCGGCAGCGCCUCCGGGGUUGCUGGAGAGCGAUCCGCUCGCGUUCACCAAUUGCGCGCGGACGUUUGACUGGCCGUCGCCACUGCCAUCGUCGUUGUGAUCGUCAGCGGGCGGCUUUCAGGAUUGUGAAAAUAUCCCCCAGUCUUCUUGGGGCCUUAAAUAGGUGGUGUAAUGUCAUCAACACGGCCCCAUGAGGUUAAUGUACACGCACAAAUGUAUGUGUUCUGUCGGGGGAGCUUUUACAUAUCUGGCUGCGUCGGGUGGAGGAGGGCACACAACACACACGGGCAUUGAGCUCGCACUAUGGCGAUCUGACCCAAAACUCUAAACGUGAGUAAUGUAAUGUUACAUUUUAAGGUAGGCGCAAACACGCUUAUCCAACCGUAUUGUUUCCAUACCUGUGUACACGCGCGCUGGGCUUGUUUGGUUUGUUGCACGGCCUUCGUGUUGAUGGUGUCCGACAAGGACGGCCCCGAUUGGCGUGCCACAUCCUCGGCUUGGACCGUGCGACCUCGGUGCAGCCACGGGCACGCCGGGCCCUCCUCGGAAGGGAGUUCCACGUUUGUUACAUUCGGCCUGACCGCACAGUCUUUCGUAGAGCGCGUUUUGCAUUCGCCGAUGGUUUUUUCUGAUUAAUUAAUCGGGGAGGUCCUGGUCGCCGUGAUGCUGCCCCCUGUCCCCCCCCCCCCCCCGAGGGGGGAUUUUCGGUUCGAGCCGGGUUGCGUCCCCGUGUCGGUCAAGCGCCCAAAGUUGCCUCCGAGGCUCGGCACGGCGCGUCCGGUGUACCUCUCGUCGUGGCACCGUUCCGCCGAGCGAGCGAGCGAGCGCAGUCGUCGGACGCGGCUUCCCACGGUCCUCCGUGGGGAGUUGCUCGCCCCGGAGGUGAAGGGCGACUCGCUGAGCCGUCCCGCGCCUGCGGCUCGCAGCCACGGCAGCGUUCGACGCACAACGAAAGUCGCCAUCCCCAACACCCCCACCCCGGCCACACGAUGCUCCUGUUUCACACGGAUUUCACCCCGAUUUAACAUAACUAUGGCAAUGUUGACCUGUUUAAAAAAAAAAUGUGAUUUUUAUACUUAUAUAACGGCAGUUUCAUAUGCAGGUUUAACAAAUAAAUGUUACCCCUUAAGCAAA